AUGGGCAACACCCGCAGCGGGGCCCUGUCCAAGGAGCUCCUGGCCGAGCUCAAGGCCUCCACACGCUACUCGGAGGAGGAGCUGGUCCGGUGGUACCGGAGCUUCCAGCUCCAGUGCCCGGACGGGCGGAUCCGCCGGGACGAGUUCGAGAAGAUCUACGGGACCUUCUUCCCAGACUCCGACCCCCAGGGCUACGCCCGCCACGUCUUCCGCUCCUUCGACACCAACGAGGACGGGACCUUGGACUUCAGGGAAUACAUCGUGGCCCUGCACUUGACCUCGUCCGGGAAGACCCACCUGAAGCUGGAAUGGGCCUUUUCCCUGUUCGACGUGGAUCGGAACGGGGAGGUCAGCAAGGGGGAGGUGCUGGAGAUCCUC